CAGCAGCCCUCUCUUCUCCUGUGAACAAACCUCUGUCGUUUCCAGGAUCCUGACAUCAUGAAGACUGUUUGGAUUUUGUUUGUGUUCAUGAAUUGGAGCACAUUUCUGAAGACAGGAAACUGUGUAGAAAUACAGGAUCAAGUUCUGACAAUCACCCCAAGAACUCAAGAACAAGUGGACAUCUUGAAGAAUGUGUCCUCUGAGAAUGGGACAGCCUUAUGGCAGCCCGUUUCACCUCAGUACAUCAGAGAAGAAAGUGAAGUCCACCUGUUUGUUCCUGCCACAAACUUAGAAGCUGUGAAGGAUCUGCUGCAGAGACACGCCAUAACACACCAAGUGUUACUGGCCAACACCAGGGAGCUGAUUGACAUGCAGACGAGGAACGACUCCACAGACCCACGAAGCAGCGUGACUUUCUACGAGAGAUAUCACAGUCUGGAGGAUAUCUAUGACUGGAUUAACAGGACCACCCAGGAACACCCCGCCAUUGUAAAAACCAUUCUGAUUGGCUCCUCUAGUGAGAAACGGCCUCUCUAUGUCUUAAAGUUGUCUAUGAAUAACAGAGAGGAUAAAAAAGCCAUGUGGAUUGACUGUGGCAUCCACGCCAGAGAGUGGAUCUCUCCUGCUUUCUGCUUGUGGUUUGUACAGCAUAGUUUGUCAAGUUACAAUACCAACCAAGACAUCACUGACAUCCUGGACAGCAUGGACGUCUACAUCCUUCCUGUGAUGAACCCUGAUGGUUACAGCUACACAUGGACCACAAACAGGAUGUGGAGGAAGAAUCGCUCUGCCAGCAAUGUCAAUGGCUGCAUCGGGGUCGACCUGAACAGGAACUUUGAUGCCAACUGGUGCACCGAGGGAGCCUCUUCUAACCCCUGCACUGAGAUCUACUGCGGCGCCUUCCCCGAGUCAGAACCAGAGUCUCAGGCCGUGGCUGACUUCCUGCGGAUCCACAAAGACACGGUCCAGCUCUACAUCAGCAUCCACUCCUACUCUCAGAUGCUGCUCUUCCCGUACUCGUGCACGAUGGAGGAAGCAGAGAACCACAAUGACCUGCUUGAGAUGGCCAAAGAAGCAGCCCAGAAAAUCAGGAGAUAUUACAGGAACAACUACAGAUAUGGUUCAGGAGCAAAGACUAUAUAUUUGGCUCCUGGAGGUUCAGAUGACUGGGCGUAUAACCUUGGCAUCAAAUAUUCUUUCACCUUCGAGCUGCAGGACCGUGGGCGUUACGGCUUCCUCUUGCCACCAUCUCGCAUAUCCAGUGCGUGCAAUGAAGCUCUGACUGCCGUAAAGACAAUCGCUCUGAAGGUUGUGGAGAAAACACAAGCUCCAACAAGUCCUCCUACAAGUCUUUAAGCAGCUACAUCUGCCUGUAAAUCAAAUUCAGAUUAAUUUUUGUAUUAUGUUCUGUAUUGUAAUUGUAUUAUCUUUGAAAGAACAGAUUCUAGUUGUUAAUCUAGGUCAUAUUUGGUCUUUGUGGAGGUUUCAUUGGAAUAAUCGUUCUAGAUGAGUGUGAAACACCAGUUUAAAUGCUGAAAUAAACAUAAUAAGGAAGAACAAGGUGAGGAAUAUUGACUCAGAAUUUCUGUUGCACCUUUUUGCACCAAUUAAACAGAGUUUUAAUGUU